AUGCAGUCUGUAAUGCCAUCUACGCGUUUGUGUGCAAACACUUGGCUCUCCAACCCUGAGAAGGCUAUUCCUGGCCAAUUGAUUAUUAUCUGUACCUGGCUUGGGGCUUCACCCAAGCAUGUCGGAAAAUACACCGACCUCUAUCGGUCUAUUGCACCACACGCCCGGAUUUUGUUGAUCGAGUCUGAUGUCUCGAUACUGGUGAGCAGCUACGCACGCCAACGUCGCCGGAUCCGACCUGUGGUAGACAUCGUACUGGAGACUUUAGCAGAGACAGAAACCAGCUCUGUCGACAACGCACCGCGAAUCCUACUGCAUACCUUCUCAAAUGGAGGUACCAACACCGCAACCCAACUUCUGAUCACGCUCCGCGAGGUCGCCUCCAAGCCGCUGCCAUUGAUAGGGCUGGUACUGGACAGUACGCCUGCCAAGGGGACAUACUGGAAGUCGUACAAUGCAAUGGUUCUUCUCCCUUCCUCCCGCGUCUCGCUUCGUGGGCUCAAUGGUAGUCCACUGUCUCUUGGUACUACUGUACACCUGGAUAGCAUGUGGAAACGAAAACCCAGCGAGUCUGAUGCGUCGUACCCUCCUGGACAAUCAGUAGUACCGUACCAUACGUCUCAAUGA